AUGCUCUCGGUAUCGUCUCCUCGCAUGUUCUCCAAACUCAACCCGCUCAAUGCCCUCAGGCGCUCCAAUAAGGAGGAGCCUCCCAAACGUCCACGGACGGGUCUGUUCAUGAAGCUCUGGCGCCGGUCUCUGAGCUCUUCACAGUCUCCUCAAACGAAAGUGGUUACUCGUUCCCAACUAACGAGACACAAUAUAUCAGCCGCCCAGGCGUUGGCCCCUUCUCCAGAGAGACGGGGUCUGGGUGGCCGUCGCAAACUGCUGGUUCGUACAAGCGACUUGCUAUCGUCUGAUUUCAUCCUCCCUUUAGAAAUGAAUCUGUCCUCCCGGAGCUAA